UUAUUGUUGUUGCCCCACAUAAAUUUUGCUCUGAAUCACAUUAUAAAUAUAACAUUCAUGCAGUACUAUUAUUUUCAUCACCAAUAGCUUACAAUUAAGUACAUAUUCCAAAAAGUGUCAUCUGAUCAUCUGAUCAUCUGAUCAUCUAAUUUUCUGAUUCAAAAUGGAAGAUCACAAAGUGGUAUUAUUGGAUUUUUGGCCAAGCUCUUAUGGAAUGAGAGUGAGAAUAGCCUUGGCCGAGAAAGGGGUCGAGUACGAAGCCAAGGAAGAAAAUUUAUCAGACAAAAGCCCUCUGCUCCUAGAGAUGAACCCAGUUCACAAAUUAAUCCCAGUUCUAAUUCAUAAUGGAAAGCCCAUUUCUGAGUCUGCAAUCAUAGUUGAGUACAUUGAUGAGGUCUGGAAAGAUAAAUCUCCUCUGCUCCCAUCUGACCCUUACGAGCGAUCCCGAGCUCGGUUUUGGGCCGACUACGUUGACAAAAAGAUAAACAGCACUGGGAAGAGAGUGUGGAUGGGUAAAGGGGAAGACCAAGAGCUUGCAAAGAAGGAAUUUAUUGAAUGCGUGAGGACCCUUGAAGGAGUGCUGGGAGAUAACCCUUAUUUUGGAGGUGACAAGUUUGGGUUCUUGGAUGUGAUACUUGUUCCUUUCACUACCUGGUUUUAUACCUACCAGAAAUGUGGAAAUUUCAGCAUAGAAGCUGAAUGCCCCAAGUUUAUGGCUUGGGCGAAAAGGUGCUUGGAAAAAGAUAGUGUGUAUAAAUCAAUUCCCCACCCUCACAAGGUUUAUGACUUUGCUUUGGAACUCAAGCAGAAAUACGGGUGAUGGAUCAUGGUCAUAGGUCAAUAAUAAAGUUGCCUAAAAUAAUGUACUAUGAUGUACCAUUUAUUUGUUUUACUUGUGUGUUUGGUUUGUUGAUGUCCUCUAUUGUCGUUUCAAUAAAAAAAACAUGUUAUUUGCCGCAUCACCAGUAAGUCAAAAUUGAUUGGAAUAUAACCAAUUUUCUGUAUAGACUAAGUUAAAUAAAUUAUUAGCAAAUCAGCUGCGAUCUAUUAUUAUUA